AUAAUAAUCACACAUUGUAUACAAAAGCUCCAUUUGGUGGUAUUUUUUCUUCUAUGCAACCUCCCUCUUUCUCCAUUUCUUUUUGGAGCCGAUCUCAGGAGCCGGCACGCGAAUUCCCUUCGCCGGGAUCUGCUUUUUGAGAGUGGCCGUUGUGCGUUAUCUACCGAAGUUCAGCCUCUCCCCACCUUUCACCUCUUGGCUUUGGAAAGCGCGCCCCUUGGCCGCCGCUUCCCUGUCUGGAAGUGGCCUGACCCCCACCGCUGACUUGGCCACCUUGUGCGCUGCGCGCUGUGAUUGUAUUGUUCGCCGCCUCCUCCUGAAGGGUUUGCUUGUUGCCAGCGGGGGAGAAAAAGGAAGGCAUCCGAAGGGAGGGAUGCCCAGCGGAAGGAGGGGUUGAGCGAUCACCUCCCCGCCACCAGCAAGAGCUCUUGAAAAGAGAGUACUGAGCGGCACGCGGAGACCGGCGGGACGCUGCUCCUCUAUUAUUAUUAUUUUCCCCCGCGACGGCUGCAGGUUGCUUUUAGGUGAGGGAUUGGGGCACGCGGCAAGGAUGCGUUUCUUCCCGGAGGGAUUUUGGCUACUGUGUGUCGCCGCGACCUGUUCGGCCAGGAGUGAAGGUGGCAACAAGGCGAGGAGCUGCUCUGAGCUCCGGCAACUCUAUGGAGCCAAAGGAUUCAGCCCGAACGUGGUUCCCCAGGCGGAGAUCUCCGGAGAACAUUUGAGAAUUUGCCCACAAGGUUAUACUUGCUGUACUAGUGAAAUGGAAGAGAAUUUUGCCAACAAGAGCAGAAGUGAAUUUGAAGGCAUGUUGAAGGAAGCCACACGAACAGUACAAAUAAUCUUCACAUCCCAGUACAAGAACUUUGAUGGUUACUUCCAGGAUUUGUUAAACAAGUCAGAAAAGGCACUUUAUGACACAUUUCCUGGUAUGUAUGGAGACCUUUAUCUCCAGAAUGUAAAGCUUUUCAAAGACUUGUAUAGUGAGCUGCGGCAUUAUUAUCGAGGUCCCAACAUUAAUUUAGAAGAAGCCCUCAAUGAAUUUUGGACUCACCUGCUAGAGCGGCUUUUCAAGUUGAUGAAUCCCCAGUACCAGCUUCCUGAUGAAUAUAUGGACUGCAUAGUGAAGCACUCAGAACAGCAUAAGCCAUUUGGAGAGAUUCCAAGGGAUCUGAAGCUCAAGGCAACAAGAGCCUUUAUUGCAGUUCGUUCCUUUGUGCAGGGACUUGGUGUGGGCAACGAUGUUGUCAGAAAGGUCUCUCAGGUCCCUUUGAGCCAGUAUUGCAGCCGUGCUAUUAUGAAGUUGAUGUAUUGCGCACACUGUCGGGGCAUGUCAAACAUUAAGCCAUGUAAUAGCUAUUGCCGUAAUGUCUUGAAGGGCUGCCUGGGCAAUCAUGCUGACCUGGACACUGAAUGGAAGAACAUGAUUGAUUCAUUACUGUUGGUGGCUGAUCGUUUUGAUGGACCAUCUAAUGUAGAUGUUGUAAUUGGUACAAUUCAUGCUAGGAUUGCUGAAGCCAUUUCAAACAUGCAAGAAAACAAAGAAUCUAUAACAGCCAAGAUUUUUCAAGGUUGUGGAAAUCCCAAACUCAGUACAAAAGCUGCCAAUGUGGAAGAUAAGAAGAGGCGGGGAAAAUAUGUCACUGAAGAUAAACCUUCUGGGCUUAGUUCAGAGAAAUUUGUUUCAGAUGCCAAAGGGAAGCUGAGGGACGUAAGAGACUUCUGGGCUCUCCUCCCAUCAACACUUUGCAAUGAAAAAAUAUCAUCUGGUUCUGUAAAUGAGGAUAGGUGCUGGAACGGAAUGACCAAAGGCAGAUACCUUCCAGAUGUGAUGGGAGAUGGUCUAGCCAAUCAGAUCAAUAACCCAGAGGUUGAGGUCGACAUCACCAAACCGGACAUGACUAUUCGCCAGCAAAUCAUGCAGCUCAAGAUUAUGACAAAUCGAUUGCGCAAUGCAUACAAUGGAAAUGAUGUGGAUUUCCAGGAUACAAGUGAUGACAACAGUGGUUCUGGAAGCGGUGAUACCUGCCUGGAUGAAGUCUGUGGCAAAAGAGUGUCCAAGAAUUCUAGCACCCGGCCACCAGAAAUACAUCCUAUGCCUAAACAGUCAGGACAAGGCAUUGGUGGAAAUAACAGCAAUGUACUUUUGCCUUCAUACUUCCUUUUAUUACUUUCUUUGGCUGCUAUAGCAGCCCAGUACCUGCGGCGGUAACUUGUUUGAGCAACUGCUCAAGAAACUGUAGUGGCUAAGUCUUAACUUUGCCAAAAUGGUGGACAUAUUUAAUUCAACUUGAUUCAACUUGGCAAAAUGAGAGAGACAAAAGUUCUUGAUGAUUUGUGAUAAUCUGGCAGCGCUAGAAUUGGUUAUUUUUUCUUUUCUUCCUUCCUUCCUUUCUUUCUUUCAAAUAUUGGGCCUUUCCUUCUGUCCUCCAUUUAAAAAAGCCUUUAAUUUGCCAAAAAGAGAUACCUAGGGGCUGUGACAGAUCUGACAGGUAGGUUUAAUACCCCCCCCCCCCAGGCAACACCUUUUUCAUUGACUGGAAUAAAAGAUAUGCAAUAUCUCGUAUUUUUAUUUAACUCUGGCAUUAUAUUUGGCUCAGAACAAUAUGUCUUUUUCAUUUAUACAUUUUCAGACUGCUCUAAAAGGGGUUCAGCUCAUAAUUUUCCAUUCACAAAAGCGAAAAGAGCCUUUCCUUUGCAUAAGAUGUAAGAGUAUUAUUAUGUACAAUCUCAAUUAACAUCUCAAUUAACAAAUGAAUUCUUUAUCCCAGAGUU